AUGCCAGCAGUCCGGCGCUCCAAGGGUCUGCAAUCCAUACAAUCCUCUGCGAAAACAGCCCGCCAGACUCGGAACCACAAAAACACCGGGCAGACACUGCGAGGACCAUUCGACAGACUCGGACCUAGGAUAGUACGACAGCAAAUAUCCAAAACGCAAACAUACCUAAACCGCCCAUCGUCAAAGGUCCUAUCCGACCCAAACCAGGUCACGCGCCUCUUCCGGAUCCCGCGCGAGCUUCUCUACUCGAUAACAACGCACCUCCCACCAGCAGGACUAGCAUGCCUGACGCUCACCUGCAAACUCGCCCUCGAGACACUGGGCAUGGACGUCUGGGCGGAAUUUCGUGGCCGGGCACGAUUACAGCACGGGCCAGAGGGCUCGCUAUGUAAAUUGCUCGCUCGCGAUCUUCCGGGACACGAGUACUGCGUUCGCUGCGAGACGGCGCAUCCCCCUCUACGACCGCCGAGGGAGCAUCGGGUUAAUAAAUUCACGCAGAGCUGUUUUGGUUCCGAGGCCACGAUUGACUAUUGGCCGCAGAUGGGCGAGGCAGACGGGUAUAGCCUUGUCUGGCCGCAUAUUCAGCGGGCGUUUGAGGAGCGCGAGCCUGGCGUGGUCGACAGCGGGGCGAUCGAGCUGUUUAAUGGUGACUUUACUUUGCAGGCCGGGACAGUCAACUAUACCCUCCGCUCCUCGGCGCAAUGGAUCAAGCGGAAUCUCAUCCUACGGCAGGAAUAUAGACUGUCAGGGAGGCAUGGAAUCCUCCAAGCAGUUGACGUAACAGCCCUCCCCUUCCGCAUCUGCGCGCACCACACAUCCGCAACGGCACUUCCAACCCCUCCAUCAGUACGGCAGAGCGCCGCAAAACCCGCCCCGAACAAUCCGCUUCUAACGCACGCCAUCGCCUGCGCAUUCCCUGAUAACCUACGCAAGAAGGUUCCAGGCCCAAACCUGCCUUCCUUCCGGAACCCCACAGCGUCCGACGCGACGCAGAUGAGGGCCGGUGGGGGAGAUCCAGACUUUAUAUGGCGGUGUCGCUCGUGUCCGACGAAGUUCCGUGUCGCGUACAUACCGGAGAAUGAUGGGGAGCUCGUUGUCCAUGCGUGGUACUGUUUUGGGAAAGAGAUUCAUCGGGCAGUCGAUUACUGGACAUGGUUCGUUAGACGCGAUCUGGCGAGUAUGGGGGUCAAGAAGAGGAAUAGUGAGUUUUAUGCGCCGAGUCGGAGUGUGCCCGAUUUUGCGAUUGAGUAG